CGUCAUUCUGCGUUCAACCGCCUUGAAGCAAAUACAUAUCUUGAAAGUUAAAAUCUUAAAUCGAAAUACUCAACCUGUGAAAAUGGCUGCUCGUCAAGUUGUAAACGUUGCAAAGUCCGGUGUUCUCCAAAAAUUGGCUGUCGCUGAAUCGGCCGUUGGCAAGGUUGCGUGUGAAGGCUAUGGCGCGGCUUCGUACGGUGCAUCUGGUUACGGCAGUCAACCCGCAUAUGGUGGUCAAGCUGGAUACGGUGGUCAGUAUGGUUACAGCGGCCAGUAUGGUUAUGGAAGUCCAUAUGGUUAUGGCAGUCAAUACGGUUAUGGCAGUUCACCUAGCAGAGGCUAUGGACAACAAGGUUAUGGCUAUCCUUCUGGCUAUGCAAGUGGUUACGGAUCUGGUUAUGGAAGUGGAUCUUAUGGCUACGGACAACAAGGUUAUGGUUACCCCUCUAGCUAUGGAAGUGGUUACGGAUCUGGCUAUGGAUAUUAAGUCUUCAAAUUUUGAAUAUUGAAAUCGGCAUCCUUUUUUUCGAAAUAAAUAAUUUCAGUCGAAA